UGAUCUUGUGGUUGAGGGAACCCAGUCUGGGGAAGGGUCGUCAGUGCGGGCGGGCGGGCGCUGGAGAGGGCCCCAGGGAGUGGCAACCUUCAGGUGGCUGCAGAGUCAGAGCCGGAGCCGGAGCAGGGCCGCCGCGCCGCGCCGCGCCGCGCCAUGGCGCCCACCCUGGCCACUGCCCAUCGGCGCCGCUGGUGGAUGGCCUGCACCGCCGUGUUGGAAAACCUCCUCUUCUCGGCAGUCCUCCUGGGCUGGGGCUCGCUGCUCAUCAUGCUCAAGUCGGAGGGCUUUUACUCCUAUCUAUGUACUGAGCCAGAGAAUGUCACCAACGGCACAGUUGGGGGCACAGCGGAGCCAGAGCACGAGGAGGUGAGCCGGAUGAAUGGCUGGCUCAGCUGCAAGGCCCAGGAUGAGAUGCUAAACUUGGCCUUCACCGUGGGUUCCUUCCUGCUCAGCGCCAUCACCCUGCCUCUGGGCAUCGUCAUGGACAAGUAUGGCCCAAGGAAGCUCAGGCUGCUGGGCAGUGCCUGCUUUGCUGUCUCCUGCUUGCUGAUUGCAUAUGGAGCCAGUAACCCAAACUCCCUCUCUGUGCUCAUCUUCAUUGCCCUGGCUCUGAACGGCUUUGGUGGGAUGUGCAUGACGUUCACCUCAUUAACACUGCCCAAUAUGUUUGGUGACCUUCGGUCCACAUUUAUUGCCUUGAUGAUUGGAUCCUAUGCCUCCUCAGCAGUCACCUUCCCAGGAGUCAAGGUCAUCUAUGACUUUGGAGCCUCCUUCAUUGUCAUCCUCGUGGUCUGGGCCGGCUGCUCUGGGCUGGUUUUCCUCAACUGCUUCUUUAACUGGCCCCUGGAGCCCUUCCCGGGACCUGAGGACAUGGACUACACGGUGAAGAUCAAGUUCAGCUGGCUGGGCUUUGACCACAAGAUCACGGGGAAGCAGUUCUACAAACAGGUGACCACGGUGGGGCGCCGCCUCAGCGUGGGCAGCUCCAUGCGGAGCGCCAAGGAGCAGGCGGCCCUGCAGGAGGGCCACAAGCUGUGUCUGUCCACCGUCGACCUGGAGGUCAAGUGCCAGCCUGACGCCACAGCGGCCCCCUCGUUCAUGCACAGUGUGUUCAGCCCCAUCCUGCUGCUCAGCCUGGUCACCAUGUGCGUCACGCAGCUGCGCCUCAUCUUCUAUAUGGGCGCCAUGAACAACAUCCUCCAGUUCCUGGUCAGUGGCGACCAAGACAUAGUUGGCCUCUACACCUCCAUCUUUGGUGUGCUACAGCUGCUCUGCCUGCUGACAGCCCCUGUCAUUGGCUACAUCAUGGACUGGAGGCUGAAGGAGUGUGAAGACGCCUCUGAGGAGCCCGAGGAGAAAGACGCCAACCAAGGCGAGAAGAAACAGAAGCGGGACCGGCAGAUCCAGAAGAUCACUAAUGCUACACGGGCCUUUGCCUUCACAAACCUGCUGCUCGUGGGCUUUGGGGUGACCUGCCUCAUUCCCAACCUGCCUCUACAGAUUCUCUCCUUCAUCCUGCACACGAUCGUACGAGGAUUCAUCCACUCUGCCGUCGGGGGCCUGUAUGCUGCCGUGUACCCCUCCACGCAGUUUGGCAGCCUCACAGGCCUGCAGUCCCUGAUCAGUGCACUCUUUGCUCUCCUGCAGCAGCCCCUGUUUCUGGCUAUGAUGGGUCCCCUCCAAGGAGACCCUCUGUGGGUGAAUGUGGGGCUGCUUGUCCUGAGCAUGCUGGGCUUCUGCCUCCCCCUCUACCUCAUCUGCUACCGGCGCCAGCUGGAGAGGCAGCUGCAGCAGAAGAGGGAGGACGACAAGCUUUUCCUCAAGCUCAACGGCUCAUCCAACCGGGAGGCUUUUGUGUAGCCCCUGCCACCUCAGAACUGCGGCCUCCCGCCCUUGCUUCAUGACUCACCGAUGUCCUCCUCCUCACCCUAGAGGACCUCCACGCACCCCCAGGAUCCUCUCCUUCACCGUGUUGGAGUCCACACUCCUUCUCAGGCCCUGGUUCUGCCUCGGAGCUCUGCGGUGGAAGGAUGGGUGAGGGCCCGGACAGGUGAUGUUCCCACUGCCGGAAGCAGAGGCACCCUGGACAUUGCUCUCCACCUUCGAGGGGUCCUGGAGCAUGGGCUCCAUGGAGGAGCCAGGAGGACCCCGGCAGGCAGGCUCUCUCCCCCAAGUGUCUGGUUUCUGCCUCUUGCCAAAGCAGAGGGGCCUGCCAUCCACUGCCCACCACCUGCCCCUCGGCUGCAUGUCCACCGACCACGCCUGCCUGAGGACAAAGGCUUGCACUGUCUGCACCCCCUCGCCUGGCCCCUCACCUCCUCCCCUGGCCAGUCUGAGCUGCCUGAGGAAGGAAGGACCCGCUUCCUGUUGUUGGUGCUAACUCCUUUGUGAUUCCAGCCCCCUGUGGCCUGUCCGUGGCCUGUCCUCCUGUUCGAGGCCUGUGGAGAAGCUCCCCUGGCUUAAAGCCUGGAGAGGGGAUGGAGGGCUGGAAGGUCUCAUGUGGCUCAGGAGCCGGGGACAAGGCCGAGCAGCAGCCUCUUCUCUCCUCCCUCAGGGCCUGAUCUGGGAGCACGAAGCCACUGCUGUCCUCUGUCCAGUCUGUGACCUGAAGGGAAUUUGAGGGGCACCAGCAGGGCACGCGUGCGCGUGCGCGCACACACACACACCUGUUUUUGUUGGGGUGGGGGUGGCUGACAGACAUAGAGGUCCAGGCCUGGGUGGGGAGGUUAAUUUGUGAGAGGCCUGGGAUUUGUGUAGUGUGGGCUGUGUGUAUGCGUGCUGUGAAUGAGAGAUAUGUGCGGGGUGGCAGUAGGUUGUGAGCUCUAGGUGUCUGCCCUUACCCUCCCAGAGUAGCACCCAGGAGCCAGUCUGGCUCAGGGCGGGGAGUGUGUCCCGGGCUGCAGGGUCGCAGCGCCCUCUGCUGGCAGACUCUCCCAGGGCCCUGGAGCUGUUUACCAGGGAGAGGCCACCCUUCCUCUGUCAGGCAGGCCUGGCUUCCUGACCCACUCACCUUGACUGCCCUCAGAAAUGUGUCUGAGACUUCCUGGGAGCCCUGAGAAGGGUGGGUUGAUUUUUAGGUUAAUUGUUUUGUUUUGUUUUAAGUUUUAUCAGACUCCUUUUUAUAAAGCAAUAAAUCCAUUUUCCUUCUCGUAAGGGAUGCCCCUUCUAGCAUAUCAGUUAAUGAAUACAUGUUCCUGUUUUGAGCUUGAGAAGGAAAGGCAAGACAAGACUUUCUUCUCCUGACUGGCCCAGUGGUACCCUGCUUCUCACCAUCUCUCGGUAUGAUUGCUGUCUUGGGAGGGGCAGUGGGCAAGGAAAAGACCUUCCUCCCCCACCUCACCCCACUCCCCAAACAAACUGGGCCUGUGGGGACACCUUAGAAGUGUGGCCACCCCUUCUCUGCUGCUUAUCCCAGCCACACAGGCUAAUCCUGACCCCCUUUGAUCCCUGCUCAGAUUUCCUCACCAAUCAGGUACCCUGAGGGUUCCUCCUGAGUUCAGGACACAGAGUGACCCCAGAGAGCCUCAGGCUCAAAGAAAACAGAGCCAACUGUGGUGGGAGGAGUGGGCGGACAACAGGAAGGGGCAGACCCAGGCCCAAACCCCAGCUUGGCCGUCACAGUCCAGUCCCUUGAACGCACGUCAUCGCUCUAGGCUUCAUAAGCAAAUACUUGUUUUAAAAAGAGAGAAUGAGAUCCAUGUUUCACAAAACAUUCUUCAGAAUGCUAGUUCUGGGAGAUGUUAACGUUAUUUUAAUUCUUAAAAGUUUUAUAGUCAGAUUUGGGAAAUGCUGAGAUAAGGUCAAGUGAGUUCAGCACUAGUGGACUGUGUGGCUCUCCAGGCAGGCGUGGUGUGCAGCUGAGGAAUGAUUUUAACUAUCAGCCUCUUCCAUGUGUGGCCCAGGGACCACCUGCGGCAGGAGCUUCUGGCAGCUUGUUAACAAUGUAGCCUCUGGGUCUUGCCUCUGACCUCGUGGGAAUCUAGAGUCUCCACUUUGCUAAGCCCCACCUGGUGGUUCUGGUGGCUCCCCCAAUGUUUGAGACCCACUGACAAAGGGGAGUGCAGCUGGGGAGGUGCUGAUUGGCAAGGGCCCUUCCAGCUGGGAAGAUGUUUUGAGGUUGUGGUGCCCAGGCCCCACCGAGGUGGCAGCUGCAGCCUCUUUCCCCCGUCUACCCUCAGGACGUGUGCACUUUGUGGGAAGAAGCAGGCAUUGAGAAACCAGGAUUCAGGGUGGAAGGUAGUCUAGGGCCAAAUAGUGUGUGGCACUGUUAGAGGCAUGAAAAUGGGAGCAGGGUACCAGGUGGGUUGGGUGCCACACGCACCCCUAGUCCCAUGUUUGUCAUUUUGCCCUGACUGUACAGGGUGGAUGGGUUACAUAUUUUCCUGUUGCUGUUGAAUCAUGCUGACAGUUCAGGGAUUAAAUAGAUUACUAUCUUCCCUACUUUACAGCUAGAAAAAUUGAGGCCCAGGGAAGUGGAGUAACUUGCUCAAGGUUAGAGCUGGGACUCACAUUCACAUAUGGUUUGUUUUUUUUUUUUUUCAUAUAUGGUUCUUAAGUCACUGGAGCAGCCAAGACCCUAUAGACCAGGACAUUCCAUUUAGAGUGGCAGGCCCAAGGGCCACCAGGCCUUGAGAUCAGGGUGAAACAGCCUGAGGAUGAGAAACAAACAUAGGCAUGGUCUCCGUGUCUUGGAGCCAAGAGCUUCCUUGGAGAGAGUUGGGUGAGCUCUACUUAGUAGAGUCAUCUUGGUCCUAGAGGCUGAUGGUAACUUGGGGGAUCAAGUCUCUGGUUAUUCCAGCCUCAAAGGUUUGCCGUGGGUUGGGGAGGGGACCACUGGCUGAUCAAAGGCAGUGGGCACCAUGUGGCCUCGGCCCUCUGUCUUCCCCCUCGUCCUCCAGGCUCCUGGUGGGAAGGAGCUGGAAGUGAUGCCUGGCCCUGCGGUUUCAGUCAGAGCAAGGAGCAGAGCUGUGCCAGCCUCAGGAGUGUUGCCAGGAGCCCCGCUCUGCUCUAGUCUACCUGGGCUUGAGUCUAGGGGUUCCUUUGUGGUUGGCUUCCUCCAAACCCCCCAGCCUCUGCCUGCAGCUCUCACUCUUGGGCCUGUUCUAGGGAAAGUGCCAACCUUUGUAAAGGCCACAGAUGGGGUUGUAGGUUGUGGGUUCCUUUCUGCUUUGCUCCAUCUCCUUCCUGUCCUGUACCCAGCCUGGUGAAAAGAACUCGAGCCCUCCUCGUCCUGGCCCUGGGCUGCAGUCUGAGGAGGGCAUCACACUGCUGCGGGCCCUAAGCACACUGAAAGUGGGGAGACAUCCAGUACUGAGGGUUCACGUGCAGGACGAUCCCAGACAGCGGCACAAACAUUCAGCCCAGUGGAGUUUUUGAUGCAAUCGACCUUGGUGAAUUGAAACAGAUAUGCAGCAGGGGUGGGUGAUGGGGAGGGGGUCCAGCUGAGGGCCUCCUAUGGUGAGGGGCUCCUGUCAGCGCACACUAAGAAGUUUUAACAGGUGGGCUUCUGGGGCUGUUGAAGCAACAGCUCCCCUCUGUCUGAGGGGGAAUACAGUGGGAUCUCAUGGGUUCUGGGGCAGGAGGAGCCUUAGCUGUGGUGUAUUAAGGAUUAGGAGCCCAGGACCCCCAAAGUGAGGGUGUGGGUUUUCCACAGGCUGCAGCCCAAUCCUGGGGUGGGGGACAGAGCCCAUCCCCUGCCUGUGCCCUGACUCAUUCCAAGCCCUGGGGCGAGGACACAGUGCCAGGAAGGAGGUACAGCAUCCUCCCCGCGGGUGGCCUACUGCAGAGCAGGCCUCUCCCCACUGGCGGCAGCCACCACCUGUGCCCUUGGACUCUGCAGGCAGCAUGUCCUGCCCUGAACUUAGUGCUCCUUAGCCUCCUGGGGCUGCCUCUGGCAGCUCCCUGCCCCUUGACCCUUCCCUCCCAAAGUGAGACUCUUUUCCUGUGCUGAGGAGGCAAUGAGGGGAAGGGCAGUGGUUAGGGGCCACACCACAUGUACUGUCUCAGUGACUUUAGGCAAGUCUUGAGCCUCAGUUUCCUCAUCUGUAAAAUGGAGGUAAUACCCUCCCUGGGAGGCUAAGUGAACACGGACGUAAAGCAGUUGCACAUUAUUGUCCCUGGCAUUUAAUAGGCACUUAAUAAGUUAUAGCAUUAUUUUUGUGACCUAGAGGAGUGUAGAUAGCACAGGGAAUAAGGACCAUCCCCACCCAUGUAAUAGGACACCUACUUUAGGCAGCUCUGACAGGACAGACUUGUGGCCAAGUAAAGGAGGUGAGGGCUGUUUCUGCUGACCCCUACCCUUCUCAGAACCCCCUCUUUAAGCAAAAGCCUUAAGAAGUUAUUUCCUUGCUCACCUUUACAUCUUUCACGUGCUGGUAAAAGACUUGGCCAAAACUCAAGAUAAUCUCUAAAUGGUGGAUGUCAGGUACUGUGACCUGCACACCACCUCCUUGUAAAACCGCUUGGCUGUGCCUCUGUGUGUUUGUGCAUGUGUGUGCGCACGGGUCAAAGUCUGAGAUGUAUUCCGGGCACGUCAGGUGUGAACGCGUUUGGAGGAGUGUGUGGAAGGGAGCUUGUCUGUGUGCCUCUGCAUGGAUGAGGAAGAGGGAGUGGGUCUCGCCUCAUUGAAUCCCUUUUCGUUGCCGGAAAGACUUCGGCAGGCCCUGUCCAAGGACCUAGCCCAGACCCUCAGAGUGGUGCCUGAAGGGUUAAUCUCUUCUCGAGUCAACCAGGGUCAAUGCAGUGUCACUGACAACUCACUGACCCUGACUAUUCCUGGCCCUUUGCUGUUUCUAGCACCUGGCUUACUUCUUGGCAUACAGCAAGCACUCAAUAAAUGUCUGCUGAGAAUGGCUAAGAACUGC